CGACUAAGCACUAAGCAGGGCUGCGCCAACCCUCAUACGCCCGGUUUCACUCGCCGCACCCAACAACGAAAGCCAAGUGAAACUAAGCUGACAGGUCUUGCAAGGAUCACAUGUUCGAAUUUCCUGAACCUCUGCAUUGCCCACCUGUGGAUAUUUAUUCGGCUGAAUCCCCUUUAACCUUGAUAUAACAACUACUUUCCAACCCCGUCUAGCACCCCACCUUCAUUAUCAUCUCAAGCACUCCGCACCGCCUACUCACACCAUAAUGAAGGCAUUCUCAUACACCUCGCUCGGAGCUCUUACCUCCUUGUUCAUCGCAGCCCAAGGCCUAGAAUGGGACGAAUACGCCUGUAUGACCAGCACCGGCGACAUGAAGAAGCUGGGCUCAUACACCUACAAUUCCCCCGGGAUGUGCCAGACCCAAUGUGAGAAAGAGAACGGUUACUUCUUCGCCCUCCAGGCCGAAGGCUGCUGGUGUGGCAGCGAGCCUCCCGCCUUUGCCAGCAUGAAUGGCGCAACUUGCGAUGAGGACUGCCCGGGUUGGCCUGAGGAGACAUGUGGCGGCAAUGGAACGUAUUCAGUAUGGGAUCUGACGGAGGAUUAUUCGAAUCCUAGCCUAGAACAAACCACCUCCACGGAGGCUUCGACGACAACUUCUGCUAGCAGUGCCUCGGUGUCCUCGGUGAUGUCCUCGGCGGCGCCCUCGGUCUCGGCCUCAGUGACUUCCUCCUCGGCUAUCCCAUCGGGAAGUAAUUCCACGGCGAGCAGCGCUGUUCCGACUACUACGUUGACCUCGGGGGCUAGCCGUCGGUUCAGAUUUCUGUUUUUCUAGGGACUUUAGAUGGGGAGGGGGUUCAUAUCUUGCUGCGGUUGAUGUCAUCUUAAGAAUGUGCAUAAUAUAUGCUUGAUGGCUGUUUUGUGAUAAUAUUGCUGCACGUAUCAGAGAAAGGAUAAGACAUUGCGCCCUAGUUAAAUACAAUGGCGACAUCCAUCCUAAUACUGUCGGUCCGGCUGCGCUUUUGGGCUAAGGGAAAGCAUUACACAGGAUUAACUUAUUUCAAACUAAAGUUGUACAAACUGCC